AUGACUGGUGGGUAUGACAAAGAAGAGAAAGCAGCUAGGGCUUAUGAUCUUGCUGCAUUGAAGUACUGGGGAACAUCCACCACCACAAAUUUUCCUAUUAGUAACUAUGAGAAGGAAGUGGAGGAAAUGAAGCACAUGACAAGACAAGAAUUUGUGGCUGCCAUUAGAAGGAAAAGUAGUGGGUUUUCAAGAGGCGCAUCAAUGUAUCGUGGAGUUACAAGGCACCAUCAGCAUGGAAGAUGGCAGGCAAGGAUUGGAAGAGUUGCAGGAAACAAAGAUCUUUAUUUGGGAACUUUCAGUACGGAAGAGGAAGCAGCAGAAGCGUACGACAUAGCAGCGAUAAAAUUCCGGGGUCUAAACGCAGUGACGAACUUCGACAUGAGCCGUUACGACGUGAAGAGCAUUUUGGAGAGCAACAGCCUUCCCAUCGGCGGUGGGGCCGCCAAACGCCUCAAAGAAGCCCAGGCAAUUGAGUCCUCCAGAAAACGCGACCAAAUGAUUGCCCUCGCCGCCGGAGCCGGAGCCGGAGCCGGAGCCUCCACCACCUUCCAC